AUGAGGGUACAGUCGCAUGAAUGCAACCUGUGAGUCGCCACUUUGUGCCAACGAUGAAUGCGGUUUUUCGACAGGGGAACAAGACGUGCUGGAGGAUAGGUCCGCUGGAGUUUGAUGAUGAGGACGAAGUGCCAUGGUACUCACGCACGGACUCACACGGAAUGUCAUUUAUCCCUCAAUUCACCUUAUCCUUAUCGUUGUCAUUCACUAUACCGCCAAGGGGAGUCGAGUACGGGGAGUAUAGCUUCUCUGAUAUCGAUUUGUACGUAGACAAUCAAAAACUCCCAACACACAUCUAAUCUACAACGUCCGUGUUUGCAUUUCUCGUUUAGCACAAAAUACGGAAUUCCGGGUUUCACGAUUACUGUUGAGGUAAAAUGUAUACGGGGGGAUCGGUGCGGAGCUCAUCAUGAUCUUCGUUUGCAGAUGCCGCUGGAGGUAUUUUCCGUCACCAGCGACGCAGAGGCACUACAAACCACGGCAGUCUUCGAAGACUGGCACCGUAAGAGAGACACACUCAUGCACACGAAAAUUAUGCGUGUUCUACCUCUGUCUAUGUGUGUGGUUACAGAUUUCGCCGUCACAAUCAAAGACGACAAGACUCUAACCAUCUAUCUCAACGGCCGCUCUGCCAGCCCAUACCAGGGAUUGGAUGGCAGAUUCAGGAAAAGUGGAUUCAGGAGCAUCUCCGGUUCUUUUCAUUCGCUUUACAGUUUUUGA